AUAUAUGUAUAUGACUCAUUAAACGGCACCGGACUGGCAGUGCCAGCUGUGAAGUGUUAUGUGGGCUACGUAUUACCUUCUUGUUAUAAAUAUGAAGAGCAUUAUGUCUGGCACGUAACAAAUACAAUACCUCUGAUUUCGCUAAUUUAUUUUAGAAAUAAUAUAACAUGACUGUGUCGGAUCCUCUUAUCAAAGAAUUAAAAGGUUGGACGCGCAAGCUGACAGAAGACAAUAUUGAAAUUAUUGACGACAACGAGAAUCUAAAGUUCCUCUGCAUAUGUCUUGAAAAAUGUUUUCAAAAGGGAGUAGCAAGUCGCUUAAAUUCGCUUGGAUUUCCAAAAAUACCUGAACCCUGGUACUGGUUGGAGGAACUGGCUGAGAAACAGAAAUUCUCUCUCUACGGAUUCUUCUCGCUUAUAGAAAGCGUACGUGAUAAUGAAAAGUUGCAAACAUCCCCUGGACGAUUUCGUCAAUUGAUACGUAUGUCCUUGCUAAGGAAGUGCCUUCAUGUACCUGUGGAAUUCAUAGUUCGCACGCCGUCCUUGUCUCUGGAGUUUUACGAGCCAAACAGUAUUCUGGGCGAUGAAAUCCUUGGCGAGAUUUUUCUAUCGGUUCUUCUGCAGAUAAGCAAAUUAAAUUUUAAGUUGAAUCUCAGAAAUUCAAGUUUCCUCGACCAAUCGUGGCAGCUUCCCCACUGUGUAGCCUUGGAACUGGUUCCAUGCAAGAAUCUUGGUAUUUCGGUAUGCUUCACUAAAGGAAAAGCUUUGAUUGUUAACCUGGAAGAGAAUUCUGUGGCUGCUGAAGAUGGAAAAAUCAAAAUUGGCGACGUCCUAGAUGAGAUCAACGGCAACGUCAUUACGACGAGUGCUAAAGGGAAAUUGCGCAAAAUAAUGAAGAAGACUUCCGGCCAGCCAAUAACCCUGCAUAUCGUUCAAUAUCACUACAAAAAUUCUGACGAAACGUUUGGUCCAAUAGCUAAUCUUAUGAGUGACCGUGUCAGUACGGAUUUUUUAAACAGAGCUUUGAAAUGUUCUGGAAGUACAACUUCAGUGGCAAAAAAUAAUCAAAACGAUGUGAAUCAUGUGAAGUCAGAAAGGACAUUACUUAAUGCUGGUUUCCCUGUAAAUUAUUGCGGUUCGAUAUCCACAGGAAUAGAAGGCGACGUUAGACAAAUAGAAAAAGCAAUAUGGAAUCUAUUGAGAUCAGGAGACUCAAAGUUAAUUCUUGUAAGAUUUGAGUGCCUCGAGAUGGGUGUAAGAGUCACUCAAGAUGCCGAUGAUGCGAUUAUAAUGAAGCACAGCUAUAUGAAAAUUUCAUCAUGCGGUCGCACAGCCAAUAUUCCUGACUAUUUUGCAUACAUCGCAGGAGAUACCAAUUGCAACGUGGCAACGAAAUUCGAGGCAUUUGUGUUUCAUCAUCGCAACGAAGAAGAGGUACAAAUGAUUCUCCAGAGCCUAGGUCAAGGUUUCCAGCGUACGCAUUUUGCAGUUUAACUGGGUAAGGUCAGAUGAUUCUUCACAAACACUAUACAUAUGUCAUAACAACACAUGUCACACUCCAUGAACAUACAGGGAUAUAACUGUAUUUAUACAUUACAAUUUCCUACACAACUUUUCCAAAUAAACGCAAUUGAUCAAAAAACA